GUUUUGUACAAUUCAAUUAAGUUCAUAUUAAAAAUGUCAGAAAUAAGUGAUAUUACAACGGAUGCUGUACCAAAUCCCAGAAACGAAGAAGUUGAACAUGCUGAAAAUGAAAAUGCGAAUAAUAAUGAUGUACCUCAUAACAAUGAUCAAUUUAGCAAAAGCAGUCCCUUUAGUAGCACAAAAAAGAAAAAUAAUCCAAAAAAAUAUAAUCAACCUUCAGCUUCUGCUACGAUAAUAAAUAUAUCAAAAUCAAGAGAAAUACAUAUUGGAAAUAAUCUAACAAUCAAUAUGAAUGGAAAUGACAAAUUAAAAAAGACUGACAUACCUGAGACUUCUGCAAUUAAAUCUUUAAAGCAAAGUAAAAUACCCAUCACAAAGAAAGACUUGUUGUUUGCUGCUACACACAUGGAUUCUGAAUGGAAAGGUGUUGCAAGAGCCCUUAAUAUUGGCGAAGGGCAAAUAUCUCAAUUUAUUGCUGAUAAUCAAAUAUAUGGAACUAAAGAAGUCAUAUAUCAAGUGUUACUGGACUGGUACCAAAAUGAUCCAGCUGAAGCAAAUGUUGGUAAUCUAUGCACAAUUUUGUGGGAUAACUGUCAGAAAGAUGUUGUUAGAAGAUGGAGCCAACGAAUAGAAUAAAAUAUUUGCCAUUUUAUAUGUAUAUAUUAUGUAAAGCAUAUCAGAUAUUUACAGGACAUCUAACAAUACUGUUUAUGAG